AACUAGUUUCCCCAGAUGUUACCUCGCACCCAUCUGGCAACUUUCAAAUUUUGCAGACAGCCGUGUAGAAUAAACAAUUCCACAACUUUAACUUAUUUCACCAACAACAACCGGCAUGCCAAACAAAUCUUCCAAAGCAGACGGGAAGUAACCACCUCUAUUGCAUUUGCACCAACUAUUAUGUCAGCGAAUGCAAACGCAAUCAUCAUGCCAACAACAACAACGCAGGGAGCCCAGGGAUCGGGAAAUCAGAUUCCCACAACCAGCACUUCCAUAGUAAACAACUUCCGGGAGCUGAUCAAGGAGCCGAAGAAUCUCGACGAGGCGGCCAACUACCUGUACCAAACACUGCUCGAUGAUGCCGUAGCCGGGAUCUUCAUCGAGACACAUCACCUGCGCAAGUCGGGCAACCUGGCCGCCUUGGACGGAGUGCCGGAGGACUCGACGUACCGCAUCUGCGAGAUGCCCAACCUGGACAUAUUCGGCAUCUCGACGGCCAAGAAGCCGAUGGACUGCACCUGUCCCAACUGUGAUCGCCUGGUGGCCGCCGCCCGCUUCGCUCCCCACCUCGAGAAGUGCAUGGGCAUGGGCCGGAUUUCGUCGCGAAUCGCCUCCCGCCGCCUGGCCACCAAAGAGGGUGCCACCUCCGCCCACCUGCACUCGGCCGGAAACGCCGGUGGCACCGACGACGAGGACGAUGUGGACUGGUCGUCCGAUAAGCGCCGGAAGAAAUCGACCCAGAACUCCCGCAACAAUGGCUCAAAAAAGAACAAUGGCAAAACCUUUUAGCUCGUUGUAAAAUAUAUAAGCGGAGUGUAAUUUGCCAUAAAAUAAGACAUCUAAGUCGGCCUGAAUUGCA